AUGAACUAUAACGAGUCAAAUUUGCCUGAGGCGAUAGGAGCGACGACAACGCAAGAACGACAAGUUCAUCCAGCUCCACAAAUGUUCGAUGCUUUUCAUCAGUCACCUCACGGCGAAUUCAAACCUACUUUUUACAACCCGUUCGAAGUGAAACACAGACGUCGUACUUCUCGUCAACAGUUGAAAGUUCUCGAAAAGGCUUUCAAUGAAAAUCCGAAACCACAUGCUGCUGUUCGUCAAGCUUUAGCUCAAAAAUUAAAUAUGACACCUCGUGGAGUGCAGGUCUGGUUUCAAAACAGACGUGCAAAGGCAAAAAAACAAAAGACCAUCGACGACAAUCCAUCUUCUGAGAGUAACUCUGAAGGGUUGGCCGUAUCCAGUCCAACCGACUCUUUGGAAACUUUCUUUUCCACAGCAGACUCGUCGGUAACCGCUUCCACAGAGAAUGUUGGGCAGGAAGGUAUUGAGAGUGAUGCAUCAAUUGAUUGUAUCAGUGAUUCAGCAUUGGCAGAUAGCAAUGUUAAUAGUCCUAACGAAGUUUACUGCGGAUUUGAAGGAAAUCCAAAUGAAACAUUUCUCGUGGAACAAAAACCUGGCAAUGAAAUUCUUGCACACGAGACAGAAAAUGAUCAAUCGUCAAAGAGAUCUCGCCAAAAGCCAAACAUCGAUCCUCUCAAAACUAGUUGGGAAACCCAAGAAGAAUAUGAACUAAUGGUCCAACGCAGACAACUUCAUCAACUCCUUCAAAAAUCAACCAAUGUUCAACGGGAUGACGGAGAAUGGAUGCACUCAAAUGUUUCUUCGGCAUCGACUGUAGCAUCCGAGUAUGUUUAUGAACAAAUGGACAAUCUUAUCCCUCUGUCUACACCUCAAUCAGCCGUUUCAGCCGUUACAAUUUCGGAUUACUUUCCCGAAUACAAUUACAGCCCUACAGUUAGUUCUGUAAUCAGUGAUAAAGAAGCGAUUGAUAACAACGAAACUAUUAAUCCUGCUUAUGCCAACGCCCGCCGUAAUUCAUGUCCAGAGUUGAUGGCAUCGAUUCUCAACAUGAAGCUGGGGACACCCGAAGAAAAACGAUCCCUUUCAACUAUUAUUGAAGAUGAAACAUUGUGUAAUGAUUCUAACAUGUCACAAUUUUUGGCCGUUCCUACUCAACGUCGAUUUUCGGAACCUAUCAACAAAUACAAUACAACUAAUGUCUCUGGAUUUCACAAUCAAGAAUUGGGAACAAACAUGACAAAUAUGACAACCAGUCAACCUCCAUUUACAUUUAAUUUGCACACGAUGUUAAAUACCAGUCAAGCACAUGAUUCUAAUGUUCACAGUGCACCAGAAUUACUUCGAGGCCAUAGUCUUGAUUCAACAGGUUGGCCCACAUUGAAAGAUCGUCCGAUGUGGAAUUUAGGAUUGGAUUUGAAGUCAACUAAAUUGCCAAUCGUUGAUACCACCGAAUUAAAAGUGACAGAUUCUGGUUCCAUUGGUGUUACUCAUUGGAAUCCUUUACCAACUUCUGAAGUUGGCACUAAUUCAGUUAUGACCGAAGAAAUUGGAUUCAUGCACUUAUAUGGCAACUCAAAUGAUCAAGUUGUUGGAUAA